UGGAUGACUGAACUGCAUACUUCAUUAUAUCAUUACUGUAGAGAGGGAGGAAAGAGAGAGUGAGAAAAAGAGAAAAACCGAGGGAAGAGUGGUAGCAGAAAGAUAUUUGAAAUACAUUUUACCUGAAAACAGACAGCACUAUCAUAAAAUAUACAUUAAAAAGACUCAGGUACCUGGACAAAUUCACUUCUCUAAGGCGUAUAGGUGACUUUCACUACCAUGGCCCCUUCCUGUGUGAUGCUGGCAUUGGUCAUUCUCAUGACCCUCACAACACCACUGGCUGGAGAGGAUAAUGAGCUAGACUAUGGGUACUGGAAUUACAGAGAGGGAGCGGAUAAUGUGAACAUUGCUGCUGUACGGAGCGUCACUCGGGUCCUGGACGUGUGGGGAAAACGGAUCUUUAAUGAAAUCAAGCACCUGUUACACUCACAGCCCAGUGCACUGCUGCCGGACUACUCCAGGGUGCGCCCCCUCUCAGAAUCCGUCAACGACCUCUUCAGAGAAGUCUCUCUCUUACAGCAGCGCAUCUCAGAACUCUCCAAUCGCCUAGCAACCUUGGAACCCUAUCUCCGUCGCCACGGCUACCGUGCGGAAGGAGAGGAGGAAGGGGGUGGUAGGAUAUCAGCUCCUCAGAGUGUAAGGGAAGGGGGGGCCAGCUUGUCUAAAUACCCCCCAAGGUACAGAGUAAAAGUGGUACGUCCAAAGAAGACUAUCAUACGGAGGAGAAGGGUGAAAGUGUACAAGAAUGGGGGAGUUAGGGUGGCUCAGCUGGAGAGAUAGCUGGAGACAGUGGGAAGAGAUUAAGAGAGAGAGAAAGUGAAAGAGAAAGGAGGUGAUGGGAGAGCAAGAAACUGAGUUGAGAGGAGGAGGGAAAGAAAUGAAUUAAAAGAAAGCUUAAUGCAGUAUUUACAAUCUUCCAAAUAGGAUAUAGUAUCAAAGUUAUAAAAUCUUUGGACCGAUUCAGUAUCGGAAGAGCUAUAAACGUAAUCACCGUUUGUUGCUUCAUUAUUCCUCAUAUAAUGAAGAGUACAUUUUCAUAUUAUUUUGUCUUUUGUGCUUGUUCAGUGGGAAGGGCACUGAAGUAUGAAGUUAAU